AUGCCCUACCUCGAAAUGAAAAGCCAAGUUUCUAUUGCAGAGAGCCCUGCUGAUGCCGAAGAUACCUGGAGCACCGCAGCCAGGAGUGGUUCGCCGCCACCGCCAAUGCGAGUGAGCCGUGAUGUUGUCACGCCGACAGGUAAUACAAGCACCACCGAGCCACCCCAUGCCCGCAGCAGUGGAGCAGAUCAGAAUGUUCUGCUUGGAGUCGGUUCACAGUUUGCGGUUAUUGAUGACUCUGCCCUCAACGCGGAUAUUCUUCCCAACCUCUAA